CUGGCUUCCGUAGCAGCGGCUCCGUGUGACGCAGAAGCGCCUAACGGGCAGAUCUCUUCUACAGUCAAGAUGGCGACAUCGGAGCCGAAAACAGCUGAAACUGAGGAUCAACCAACUGAAGGUCAGGUUGUUGCAAAUCCUGAGCAAUAUAUCAAACAUCCUUUGCAAAACAGAUGGGCCCUCUGGUAUUUCAAAAAUGACAAGAGCAAAAGCUGGACAGAGAACUUGCGUCUCAUUUCCAAAUUUGAUACAGUGGAAGACUUUUGGGCAUUAUACAACCACAUACAGCAACCCAGCAAACUUGGUUUUGGCUGCGAUUACUGCUUAUUCAAGGAUGGGAUUAAGCCAAUGUGGGAAGAUGACAGGAACAAGCUGGGGGGUCGAUGGCUGAUGACUCUCAAUAAACAACAGCGACACAAUGACCUUGAUCGCUACUGGAUGGAAACGCUUUUGUGUUUAGUGGGAGAAUCGUUUGACGAGGCCAGUGAGGACGUGUGCGGCGCCGUGGUCAACGUCAGACCUAAAGGCGACAAAAUAGCCAUCUGGACGAGCAACUGCCAAAACAGGGACGCCAUCAUGACGAUAGGGCAACUUUACAAAGAGCGUCUGAACCUCCCCAUGAAGGCCAUGAUUGGCUACCAGUCACAUGACGACACGUCCAGUAAGAGCGGAUCCACCACCAAGAACAUGUACUCUGUCUGAGAAGCUUCCCCCUCGUUUCAACUCGCUGUAGAUUUAAACAAUUACCAAUCUGCAUCAUCACAUUAACUUUUGAGUUGUCUACUACUGUAGUGUCCUUUCCUUUUAUUGCAAAGAGAAUUGUUUAUAGUAUGUACAGUUGGGGUGUCCUCCAACACAACAUGUCGGUGGAGCAAUAGCUAUAAGAAAAGAGGGCUUUUUGCUUUGAAAUGUCUUUCUUGGGCAAAAGAACAGAAUGAUUUCCUUUUUAGUUGAAAAGUUCUGUGGGUAAUACAAGUGACCUCCCAUAGCUUAGCUGAGAAUACACUUCUGUUCAUUACCGACUGGCUUUGAGUUGGAGAAAAUAAAAAUGUUACUAUAAGGCCUUGUUUUUCUCAUGCUGAAUUCACACUGACAAAAAGUGUUCUCACCUCACAGUAUCCUCACACAAAGGAAGUUUUAAUAGCAAUUAUAACUUGAUUUAUCCUGAAGUGUUAAUCAGGAAGCAUUCUUUCAGAUGCACACGCUUAAAAAAUCUACAGUAUCUUAAAGAUUUGUUGAAGCUGUGGUCACACUCCAAUAUGUGUAAGGUUUGGACUUCAGGCCACUUAUUGUUCCAGCCAUGCUGGAAUGGUGGGAUACUGCUUGUAGUAUUUUAUAGCUCCUUUUUCCCCCCCAUCCCUCGUCCCCUUACAUUUAUUUAUAAUGUAUGCAUUGCAGUUACUUAACUGAAAGACAACCAUGAAACGUGUUUUAAAAAAUGUUCUUUUUUUUCUCUUUUGUGGACUACUGCAUAUAGAUGACAUUUUUUACAGUGUAUCAAACAGUAAAGAUGCUGAUAGAAUAAUGUGUGCUUUUCACUUUUUUCUUCUAACAGAAACUGUAGAUAAUGUUGCACUCCUCUUGGCUGAUGCAAAAGGAAGAUGAUAUUCAUUGUGAAAUGAUUUUGCUCAUAAUGUAUCUUUAUUUUCUGUAAUUCCAGGAUGUAUAUUACCUUCUUUCAAGUAAAGGUUAAGUGCUUUGCAUUAAA